AAUUCAUUGGCUGCUGCGGCUAAUCGUGCCGGCUCUUCAAACGAUUCCGACACCCCGGUGAAGGCAUCGGCUGCCGAUCUGUUGUCUCAAUUUCAAAGUCUGAUCUCUUCGGCUGCUGCGACGACAGCUGAUGGAGAUCAUGCGGAUGUAGUCAGGCCAAGUGAGAAUGCAAACUCAUUGGAAGCUAUGGAAAAACCGGAACAAACCACAGAGUCAAACGAGACUAACAACCAGAUAGAUCCCAAAGCUAUUGAGACAAGUGAAUUGACCGCCAUGUUCUGGCUUUAUCAAUUCAGUACGCAAUGUGCAAAAUUGGACGAUCUUAUUGAAGAUACAGUACGUUUUCAAAAAAUGGUAGAACGUCUGACGGAUAUAACAAAACGUGCACACUUGUGUCAAGCUACCGGAUUUUUGAUAGACAUUUCGACACGUUUCGGUGAGCUACGAAAGAGCUUCGAAUCGUUGAGAGAGAGUUAUCAGGAUAUUCGAGCCGAAAAGGACAUGCCAAACGAACUGCGUGCGGCUCAGCGCACAAACUAUCUGUUUUGA